CUGCUUUCGGUGGAGCUGGGUCUCAGGUUUCCCUUUCAUCCUUUUGUGUUGGAGUACCUCCGUUUUGUAAAGCUAGCCCCCUGCCAGUUGACCCCGAACAGUCACUCAUAUAUGGCAGGGUUCCUGUCACUGUGCCUAAGCCGAAGGGUCCCCCCUACUCUGGAGCAAUUCUUCCUGUCAUUCAACUUAUGCCGGGGGGGGGCAUUCGAACGCCGGGGGCUAUGGUAAUCUGCAGCAACUCCCGAAGUUCAGGAUCUUUGAUGAGGCGCCUUCGUCUCACAAGGGGUGGAAAGACAAGUUUUGCUAUAUCCGGUUGGCCGAGAACCCCUUCUCCGCUCCGCUUGGCGACAGGUUUCGGUGGCACCCAAAGGCAGAAGGGUAUGCCCUCGAAAAGAAUGGGCAGGUGUUGUCCAAGAAGCCGGAGGGUUCCGAUAAACAUGUGUCCAUCAAAGGCGCAACGCUCUCCAGUGAGUUGUACAAGCUUGGCUUCCGUCGGUACCGGCUGAUGGGGGAGAAGGAGGAAGGCUACCCCCUGAUUGACCGCGUAUAUGAGAGUGCUGAAGGUUGUUGUAAUGCCGAAGGCUUUAUUUCUCAUGCUUAGAAAAUUUUCUUCCCCCUUUAUAUUUUUUGCUUUGCUGUAAUAGUGAACUAACCCUUGUGUGCCUUCUUGUGUUUCAGGACCAGAUAUGGACGCUCGGAACCUGGUCAAGCUGAAGCGGCAACUUGCCCGAGAGGAGCAGAAGAAGGAGGCCCCCGCACAGCAGAGGGCGGUCGAUGAGAUCUUCCCCAAGGCGGGAGCGGCCGAAGAGGCCAAGGAGGCGGGGCCCGUAUCGGAGGCCGCCGUCGGGGGCUCCCCCGGUCUGGAGCUGAAGAGAAAAAGGCAUGGGAAGGACCCGGCACAACCGGAGGGGAAGAAGAAGAAGAAGAAGAAGGGGGCCCCGGAGUCGAAGGAAGCCCCCGUUGUGGUCGUAGAAGAAUCUUCUCCUCCCAAGCCUUCGGGUCAGGCAACUGAUCUGACAUGGCCCCUGGACAAAGUCCAAUUUUCCAUUACGAAGGAGACUGCUAUCAUGCACGGGACCCUGAACCCGAAGGAGUUUUUGAGGGGUGCCACCCCUCCGACCGAUAAGUCCGUGCUCUCCCGUCAGGCCGACGAUGUCCUCUGCUCCAAGGUUCUGAUGGCCUCGGUUACGGCGAGCCUUGGCCUUGGCGAGCUGGUCCAGAGGAUAGAACAGCAUGACUCAGAGAAGAAGAAGGCCGCUGAAGCACUGGCCGAGGCCCGAAGGCAGCUCAAGGAGGUCGAGGACGCUCGCAAAGCUGAGCAAGAGGCUUUCAAAGACAUCCUCGAGGGCUCCAAGACGGUGGCCAGGGCCGAAGGUAAAGCAGAGGCGGAGAAGGCUGCGGCAGAUGCUGCCAAGAAAGCUGCGGAGGAUGCCGAGGAGGCCCGGAUCAAAGCUGUCGUCGAAGCCCGGGAGGAGGCUGUUGCUACUUUUUCCGAGGAGGGAUGGAAAGCCGAAGGUCGGCAAAAAUGGGUGGCUUCGGUGGUGGAAGCUUCGGUGGACGAAUGGGUGAAAGGCCCAGGCGCCAUGUGGUUGGCCCGAAAGGGGAAGGAAUAUUAUGACAGGAGUGAGUACUUUACUCAGGCCCUCGUAUAUCGAAGGUUGUCCCGGCAUUUUGGGGUGGACCCGAAGGCCUUUGAUCCGGCAUCCUAUGGCCUUCCUCCCCUUCAGCCAGACCCCAGGGUUCCCCUCCCUGAAGGUGUUGCGAGGCCUGACUUGGAAGACUCCCUGCUGAUGGCCGAGGGCAGUGACGAAGAGGAGGAGAUUGGUGAUGAUGCCGUGUCCAAGCCUGCAGUAGAGGACGCCUCCGGCAAUGCCGUCAAAAUUGUUGAGUAAUUUUGUACUUAGGAAUGUGUGAACAUAUUUUGUAAUGAACAACAUUUAUCCUUCGGCUUCGGCCUGUUUGUAAUUUUACACUCACUCCUGUUUUUGAUGAAUGCAUGCUGCCUCCGGGCUUUUCACCUUUGAAUGCGCCCUGUGUUUUGAAUGUAUGCCUUCUCCUUUUUGAGUGUAUGCCUUCUCCUUUGAACGUAUGUUUUAGAACUUAGAAUUUUUUCUGAUUGUAGCCUGCCCUUGGAAGCCUUCAGUAGUUGGGCACCCCCUGCUGGAUAGGCAACCGAGGGUUCAGCAGGAAUUGGGACUUAGAAAAUUUUUCUAAGUGUAGCACACCAUAGGGAGCCUUCGGGAGUUGGCAUCCCUUCCUGAUGUGUGAAUAUUGGACCGAGGGCCCAAUGUACAGGACUUAGAUUUUUUUUUUUGCAAGUGUAGUAUGUCACGUAGCCUUCGGCUACUGUGGAGCCUCCACUGAAAUAUUGAGUAGGCCGGGGGCCAAUUCUUUAGGACUUAGGAAAUUUUCUUGAGUGUUGAUUCCUUGUGUACUGUAGCCUUCGAUUGAUAGGCAGCCUUCAGCAAUUAGGUCCCUUGAGAUGAGGGUGAAAUAUGUAGGACUUAGAAAAUCUUCUAAGUGUAGAGUUUCCCUUGGGAGCCUUCGGGAGAUGGCAUCCCUCCAUGAUGUAUGAGUAGCUGACCGGGGGGAAAUAUGCAGGACUUAGAAAAUAUUCUAAGUGUAGAUUUUCCCUUGGGAGCCUUCGGGAGAUGGCCUCCCUCCUUGAUGUAUGAGUAGUUGACCGGGGAAAAACAUGUAGGACUUUAGAAAAUAUUCUAAAUGUAGAUUUUCCCUUGGGAGCCUUCGGGAGAUGGCAUCCCUUCUUGAUGUAUGAGUAGUUGACCGGGGGAAAAAUAUGUAGGACUUAGAAGAUAUUCUAAGUGUAGAUUUUUCCUUGGGAGCCUUCGGGUGAUAGGUGCCCUCUGACUCCACAUCACUUUGCCAGAUGCCCGGGGGCUGCUCAUUUAGGACAGAAUAUAUUUUUUCAAGUGUUGUUGUAUUGCAUGACCUUCGGCUACCAUAUUCCCUUGGCUGUAAUGCUGAUUGGGCCGGGGGCCCAAUCUUUAGGACUUAGAAUUUUUUCAAGUGCUGCUUCCUUGUGUAGCCUUCGGGUGAUAGGUGCCCUCUGACUCUGCAUUACUUUACGAGAUGCCUGGGGGCUACUCCUUUAGGACUUAGAAUAUUUUCUAAGCGUAAAUUGGUGUUGAGCUUCCGGAUGUAGAUCCCUUGUGUUGUAUGAGUCUCUGGCCGAGGGCCAAAUAUGUGUGGAAUCCUGUUGUUGUAAAGAAUGCCAAUGAUGAGUGUGUGCCCUCGGCAUACACUUUAAAAGUUGUAGAUUUCGACCCUUGCUGGAGCCUUCGGUGCUUGUGUGAUCGGAGGUGACCAGGCAGUGGACUUAGCCGUUUCCUGAUGAUAUUUGUUUGAGUGGUAUCCUUCGGGAAAUAGGAGCCUUCAAUUACCGGAGGUGUCCCCGUGGGGAGCCCUCGGCUUGUUGUGAUCUGUUGGAGUGUACUCUUUGAUUUCUCGCUGAGUCUACUCCCCUUCACCCCCUCUUUUUUUUUCUUCUUUUUUUUUUUUUUUUUUUGGUUGGUGGUGAAGGGAAGGCAUCAAGAAACUUGGUUUCUUGGUAAGGCUGGGCCUAUCAGGAGACCAUCAGAAUACACCAAUGGCUCUCCUCCCUCGGGUUAACCUUCCGAGUUCCGAGGGGAUCGAGGGACGUUUCCUGGGCACAAGAUAUGGUGGUCCGUAACCUGCCUCCCCUUGGGGGAUGGCGCGGAAAGCGCCUCAUUUUUGAAAGUCGUCCCCUCGGCGCUAGACAUAGUCCGUGGCCUGCCACACCCUUGGGGUGGUGGCGCGGGGAGCGUUUCGGUUUGGAAGUCGAAUCCUGGGCAUUUCUCGUGCCUGUCACACCCUUGGGGUGAUGACGCGGAUAGCGUUCCAUUUUUGAAAGUCGAAUCCUGGGCAUUUCUCAUGCCUGUCAUACCCUGGGGGUAAUGACGCGGAAAGCGUUUCAAGGAAGGGUUUUCAUUUGCACACUAGUUGCAAAUGGUCGGGGGCACUACGUGCCGCCGGCACCGAUGGUGGCGCCUUCGGUAUAUGCGUCCUCGUGGGGUACGGCUUUUAGAAACAACACUUGGUGUUAGUUUUGAUGUGUAGCCCCCGGUACUUGGUACCGAGGGGUCUUCUGUAGGAACACUUGGUGUUCUCUUUUGUUGUAGUUGAUGUAGGCGUCUACCCUCGUUACUUGGUACCGAAGGGUCUUCAAAUGAAACACUUGGUGUUUCCCAAUAGAUGUUUGGAAGUUGAUAGGAGAGCAUAUCCCUGGCACUGAGUGCCGAGGGGUCUUCUUUGAAACAUUUGGUGUUUUUCCUUCGUUUCGAUGUUUGAUGAUGGAGGUGUACCCUCGGCACUGGGUGCCAAAGGGUUUUCUGUAGGAACACUUGGUGUUCUCAUCUUUUCUUUUUUUUGAUGUUGAAGGUGGGAAUGUACCCUCGGCACUGGGUGCCGAAGGGAAAUGAAACACAUGGCGUUCCUUGUUGUUGGUGAUAGGAGUUCCCUCCCUCGAUACUUGGUACCGAGGGGUCUUGACGUAAAAUACGUGGUGUUUUCACUGUUUGUUGUAGGUGUUGAUGAUGUCCGCCCUCGGCACUUGGUGCCGGAGGGGGUUCUUCUCGUGGUGAGGCCUGGGGCCUGUAGUCAGUAUGAGGGCUUGAUGUCUUGAAUGUAUCUUCAUUCUUCGAAAUUGGAGGCCUUGGGCCAUAGGAUAGUACAUUCACUAGUUAUGAGGGCUUGGCCGCUCUUACAUUAUUGAUAAAAUUUAACUAAAUGGUGUACAUUCCAGUGCCUAGGGACUUCUUUCCCAUUGGGGCGUUUGAGCUUGUAGGUCCCAGGUUUGAUGAUGGCUGCUAUGAUGUAGGGGCCUUCGAAUUUUGGUGCCAUUUUUCCUCCCUCGGUUGGUUGGCUGGCUUCCCUCCUCCGGAGGACAUAAUCCCCCACUUGAAAUUCUCGGGUGCGAACUUUGGCGUCGAUGUAGCUUUUAACUUGCCUUCGGUAGUUUUCUGCCCGGAUGAAGGCCUGCUCCCGGCGUUCUGAAAUGAGGUGGAGGUCGAGGGCCAUGUUGCUGUCGUUGACCUCGGGGUCAUAUUGGAUCACCCUUCGGGUGGGAAGGGUGACUUCCGUAGGAGCUUUGGCUUCAAAACCGUAGGAGAGGGAGAAGGGUGUUUCACCUGUUGCUCGCCGAGGGGUGGUGCAAUAGGCCCAAAGGAUGUUGUGGAGUUCUUCCACCCAGCCACCUCCCUCGGCCUCUAGCUUCUUUUUUAGGCCUUCGAGCAAGGUCUGGUUGGCAUUCUCUACUUGCCCGUUGCCUUGAGGGUAGGCAACGGAGGAGAAGGUGUGUUUGAUGCCCCAUGCCUCCAGAAGGGCACAGAAGGGGGCUGCCUCAAAUUGUGUCCCAUUGUCGGAGAUGAUCUGGUGGGGGACGCCAAACCUUGUGAGGAUGUUCUUGAGGACGAAGUGACGGCACUUCGCCUCUGUGAUGCUGGCGAGGGGUUCAGCCUCCACCCACUUGGUAAAGUAGUCGACGGCCACGAUGAUGUAUCUGUUGUUGGAGGUACCCCUCGGCAGAGGGCCCACAAGGUCUAUCCCCCAUCGAGAAAAGGGGACAGAGGUGCUGAUGGGGGCAUAGUUGACCGCUGGCCUGCCGGGAGCUUUCUGGAAAUGUUGACAUGCGGUGCACCUCCGGGCAAGGUCAGCACAAUCCCUGGCCAUGGUUGGCCAGAAGUAGCCCUGGAGAAUGAGCCUUCGGGACAUGGAGAAGGGUCCCUGGUGAGCUGAGCAAGUGCCACUGUGCACUUCCUCCAUUGCGACCUCGGCUUCAUCUGGAUGAAGGCACCGAAGUAGCGUGCCAUUGUAAGAUCGUUUGUAGAGCCUUCCAUCUUCGAUGGUGUAGCUGGGAGCCCUCAGCUUUGCUAGUUUAGCGCGGGCCUCAUUUUCGGAUAGCUGCCCUGUGGAGAUGAAGGCGGUGAUAUCUGAGAUCCAAUCCUCCUGACGUUGUUGUAUGUUCAUAACGGGGCUUGCAUGGAUGCUUGAGAGGCCGAGUUCCUCGAUUUUGGCAAUUUUGGAGAUGUGCUCGGGGGAGUCGGCCGAGAGCUUAGAUAAUAUGUCGGCCUCGGAGUUCUGAGCCCUCGGUAUUUGAGUGAGAGAGUGUGCCUCAAAUACCUUAAGCAACUCCUUGGUCGCUUCCUUGUACUGUUUCAUUCUCCCCUCCUUGGCCUCAUAUUCUUCGGAGAUUUGGCCAACGACCAACUUGGAGUCGCAUUUGAUGUGGAUCUGCCGAGCCCUCAUGUUGGCAGCCAGCCGAAGGCCACAUAGGAGGGCCUCAUAUUCGGCCUCAUUGUUGGAGACCUUGAAGGAGAAGCGGAUUGCAUAGUAGGCCCUGAAGCCCUCGGGAGUAAUGAGGACUACCCCUCCCCCGCAUGCUUUGGUCGCGGAGGAGCCGUCAGUGUAGAGGGUCCACCAGUCGUCCGAGGUAGCCGAGGGCUCCCCGUCCGUGGCUGCCCUUGCGGUACACUCCGUCACAAAGUCCGCCAGGGCUUGGCCCUUGAUGGCAGGCCUUGGGCGGAUGUCAAUGUUGUACUGGCUCAAGAAGAUAGCCCAUUUCACCAUGCGGGAGGAGCUGGUGGGGCUCCUCAUGAGGGCGCCGAGGGGUUGAUGAGUGAGGACCUGAACCGGGUGAGCCUGAAAGUAGUGGCCCAACUUCUUGACGGUCCAAACGAUGGCCAACACCGUUUUUUCCACAGGGGAGUACCUGAGCUCGGCCUCCCUUAGGGUCUUCCUAACGUAGAAGAUGGCAUGUUGGGUGCCGUCUUCCUCCCGAAUGAGCACAGAGCUGAUGGCCGCCGGGCUAACCCCAAGGUAGAGGUAGAGGGUCUCCCCUACCUUGGGUUUGGAGAGCACAGGAGGUGAAGAUAGAUACCGUUUGAGCUCGUCGAAAGCCCCCUGGCAUUCUGGAGUCCAUAGAAAGCCAGCCGUCUUCCUCAUGAUCUGGAAGAAGGGUAGAGACUUCUCCGCUGAUUUAGAUAGAAAGCGGUUGAGGGCUGCCAGGCGACCCGUCAACCGUUGGACUUCCUUCACAUUGCGUGGGGGCUCCAUGUUGAUGAUGGCCUGGAUCUUCUCGGGAUUGGCCUCAAUACCCCUUCGGCUCACCAUGUAGCCCAAGAAUUUGCCCCCUUGGACGCCGAAGGUGCACUUCUUCGGGUUUAGCCGAAGGUUGAAUUUUUGCAUGAUGGCGAAGAUCUCCCGGAGGUCGUCAGCAUGGCUGGAAGAUUGUUUGCUCUUGACGAUCAUGUCGUCAACAUAGGCCUCCAUGGUGCGCCCUAGGACGGCUUGAAAGACCCGGGCCACCAUCCGGGUGUAUGUGGCCCCCGAGUUCUUUAGGCCGAAGGCCAUCACUAGGUAGCAGAAGAUGCCCUCGGGAGUCAUGAAGGCAGUUUUUUCGGCGUCCUCCUCGUGCAUGAAAAUUUGGUGGUACCCCCGGAAGGCAUCGAGGAAGGACAUGAUCUCACACCCUGCGGUCUCAUCCAUUAGUUGGUCAAUGUUUGGUAGAGGGAAUGGAUCCAUAGGGCAUGCUUUGUUGAGAUCGGUGUAGUCCACGCACAUGCGGAAGGUAGGGGGCUUCUGUGCGAGGACUACAUUUGCCAGCCAUGAGGGGUAUUUCACCUCCUUGAUGUGCUUAAUUGAGAGAAGCAUGGCGACCUCCUUCUUCACGAAUUCCCUCCUCUCGGCGGAGAGGGGUCUCCUUCGUUGUUGUACUGCUUUUGCCGAGGGGUCCACCGAGAGGCGGUGGGUGAUGACCCUUCGGCUGAUUCCCGGCAUGUCCUCCGGCCCCCAUGCAAAGACAGUGGAGUAGGCGCGGAGGGCGUCGGUGAUACCGGUCUUCAGAUCUUCAGGGAGCUGGGCUCCAAUCUUCACGACUCUCUCCGGCUGGGCCGGAUCGAGCGCAAAGUCUUCUACGUCCUCGGCCGGUUCAGCCCUCGGCCUUCUUUCCUCUUGGUCGAUGGUUCCGGUGAUGGUGUCAACACGGAAUUCUGUCUUGCUCACCUUCUUAGUGACCUGAAGAUAGCAGGCGCGGGCAAUUUUCUGGUUCCCCCGGGAGUAGCCAAUGCCCCCCUCGGCGGGAAACUUGAGGCAGAGGUGCCUCAUGGAGAUGAUGGCUUCGAGGUCCUCGAGGGCUGGCCGGCCGAGGAUGAUGUUGUGGGCGCAGUCAAUGUUGACGACGACGAACUCCACUUCGAGCUGGGCUCUAUGGAGCCCGUCGCCGAAGAUCACCGGGAGGGUUAUUACCCCCUCGGAAUCAAUAGUAUCGCCGGUGAAGCCGACAAGAGGGGUCUUAAUGGGCCGAAGGGACCCCCUCUCCAGAUGCAGCUCUCUGAAGGUGCUGAGGUACAUUACAUUGACGGAGCUGCCCGUGUCAAUGUAAGUUCGGUGAAUGAUGGUGUCGUUUAUCUCCGUCCGAAUCACCAAGGCAUCCCUGUGAGGAGAAGAAGUAGGAGGGAGAUCUGCGUUGGUGAAGGUGAUGGGUUCCUCCCUCAGUCUUUUUACCGGGGGCAUAUGAGUGACUUCCCCUACGUAAAGCGAUUGAGCCCACUUCUUUCGCUGGCUGGUGGAAUCGCCCCCUGUAUUGCCACCGGUGAUCAUGAGGAUGUGGCGUUUUUUCUCCUGGUAGUGGGGGUAUUCCUCCUCCUCUUCUUCCAAAUUCCCAAUCUCCCUCUUCUUGCCGAGGGGGAUGGUAUUCGGGUUUACCCAAGCGUUCACCUUCGUGUGGUGCCCUCGGGGAGGCCCGUGAUGAGAAGGUCCCUCCUGUCGAGGGCUCUGAACAAAUUGGGACAGGUGCCCUGCUUGUAUUAACCUCUCGAUGGCUGUCUUCAGCUGAUGGCAGUCAUCGGUUCUGUGCCCCUGGUGCCGGUGGAAGCGACAGUAGAGGAACUGAGGGUUGAUAGCGUGUACCUUCGGGGGUGCGCGAGAGUCGCGUUCAACGAGGCCCCUCUCCUCGGCAAAAUCGAGGAUGAUGCUGACGGGGUGCGUCAAUGGUGUCCGAGGGCGGUCCAGGAGAAUGGGCUGUGCCCAAGUCUUAGGGUUGCUCUUAUAACUUCCCUCGGGCUUGGCUUGGCCUUGCCGAGGGCGGUCAUCAGAGGGUCCCGAAGUCUUGGGGUAACUUGGAGGAGCCCCCGGUCCUCGGUUAUGUUUAUUGUCAGCCCUCGGGGGCUGCUGGUCCGGAUGCUGGUGAUACUUCUCCACCUCCUCGGCUUCAGCAUAUCGGUCCCCCCGCUGCAAAGCCCUUAUGUAGUCGCGGGGGGGUUCAAUGAUGAGGCUCCUUGAAAAGUUGCCGGUGCGGAGGACGGUUUGUAGGAGGGCCAGGAGGGUCCCGUCAUCAGCACCGUCGACCUUGUCAGCCUCCGUCCUCCAGCGCUCUAGGAAAUCCCGAAGGAUCUCAUCCUUCUUCUGGCGUAUUGUUAGGAGGUGGGAGAAGUGCUUCCUUGUGCGACGCCUCCCGGCAAAUUGUGUCAAGAAUCGCUGGGCGAGUUCUUGCCAUGAAUCAAUGCAGCCCUCGGGUAGCCUGUUGAACCACUCGUACGCCGGCCCCUCUAAGGUGCAGAGGAACCAACGACACAAAUAUUCGUCUGACGCCCCCACCAUCAUCAUGAUGUUCUGGUAUUUGCUGUAGUGUUCCUGGGGGUCCGUUUUCCCGUUGUAGGGCUGGAUGUGUUGCCCUCGGUAUUUCUCCGGGAUCCGGGCCGCCAAUACCCUUGGGGUAAAUGGGGUCCGAGUCCGGAGCUGGAUGACGGGUUCCCCGGAGCCCUCGGCCACCUUCUUCUGUAAUUCCUCCAUUUUGGCCAUCAUGGCCUCGUAUUUGAGGUCCGAGUGAGGGGCGGAGGUGGUGGCGUGAGCUUUGUUGGACUCCAUCUCGUCAAGCCGGCGUUGGAGGGCCGCGAUAAUCUCGUCCCGGGGAUCCUUCGGGAGGGUCUCCGCCCCCUGCGAACGAACCCGGGCUGAGUGGGCCUGGUUGAUUUGGUGGCGAGCAUCAUUGGCAUGAAGGGGUGCCUUGCCUUUGUCCCGAGGGGGACGCUCCUCGUCUGCCCUCGAAACAGAUCCCCCGCUUUCCUGGGGCCUUUGGAGUGCUUUCCCCCCGAGGCGGUCUUGGACCCCUCGGCGGUCUGGCCCUCCUCCGAGCCGGUUGAGGGUGGAAGUACGGGGUCUUUCCCUGUUGUCAUUAUGGCGGUCCCGGGACUGAACUUCCUGGGAGGACGUAUCUUGGGCCACCACCCCUUCGUCGUUCCUCACCCGAGGGGUGAGAUUUCCGAAGGGGUGUGGCAGAGGGGGAAGUAUGAUGUUUUCCCCAACCUGAGGGUGAGCUGGAGCUAGGGUGCCGAAGGCACCCGGGUUCUGGGUGAGCGUUUGGAUGAAGGCGGAGAGCACCGAUUGCACGUCGAUGGUGAGAACCGGAGGGCUGACUUGGUCAUCGCUCCGGUUUUUCUUCUUGGCCUCGAUGCCGAGGCGGGCAUCGGGGGCAUUUUGUUGGAUCUGAAGGCGUAGGUCGACAGCCGCCUGUUCCAGCCCAGCGAUGACACCGCUCUCGGGAGCCCUGUGAGAGGCUUCGGGGGCGUUGACGUCGCCGAGGGCCAGGUUCUUGUCUUCUACGUUUUUGGAGUUGGCACGUGUUGUUCUCACCAUUUUGAUAGAGGGCUAGUGUUUUGUGUUUGGUCGAGGGGGGGGGGGGGGUUCUUACUUGAUUGUUCGACCUCUCAACGAGAGCACCAAAUGAUGGAUAGUCUACCCGGGGGUAUAUAUCCGAAGGGUUAUUACGGGGAACAACUUAGAGAGAAGUCAGAGCAAGUAAGUGAAAGUAGAGAGAGAGAGAGAGUAUUGAGUAUGAAUGCCG